UCUUGCAAUGUUCAAUCUUUCCAAUAUUAGGCUCUUUGAUAUUGGUGAGAAUAAGAUUCAAGCUACUCUUUAUACUGACUUAGCGAUCACUAUGCCAUAUGUUGAGUUCUUUUCUGUAAGGGGAAAUAAAAUCUCCGGACAAAUCCCGAUUUCAAUAACCAAUGCCUCAAAUCUACACGUACUUCAAUUUAAUGAUAAUAGACUUAGUGGAAAGGUGCCUUCCUUGGAGAAGUUGGAUAAACUAUCUACGCUUCAACUUGCCGUAAACCGUUUGGGGCAUGGGAGAGAAGGUGACUUGAACUUUCUUUGCACUUUAGUCAAUAAUACCAAACUAGAGUUUCUAUAUAUUAGCGACAAUAAUUUUGGAGGGGCAUUUCCUAAAUGCGUCAGCAAUUUUUCCAACACCCUUUUACGUUUAGGAAUAGACGAGAACAAAAUAAUGGGAAGAAUCCCAGAUGGGAUUGGUAAUCUCGUCAAUUUGGAGGUAUUAUUUGCAUCACAAAACCAACUGUCAGGUCCCAUACCAUUUGAUAUUGGGAGGCUUCAAAAGCUAAACAAAUUUUUCGCUGAUAUUAAUUUUCUGUCCGGGACUAUUCCCCAUUCUUUUGGAAAUUUAUCGGCGUUAACAAUGGUUGGUUUAGAUUUUAACAAUCUCCAGGGCAACAUUCCUCCAAGUAUAGGCAAAUGCCAGAGUUUGCUUGGCUUGAGUGUUUCUUAUAAUAAUCUUAGUGGACCUAUACCCCCUCAAUUACUUGGGGUCUCAUCCAUGUCCAUAAUACUAGACUUAUCGUCAAACUAUUUGACUGGUGAGCUUCCUGUUGCAGUAGAAAAUUUGAAAAAUCUAGGUCAACUCCGUGUUUCUCAAAAUAGGUUAUCCGGUUUGCUUCCAAAAACCCUUGGUAGCUGUGUAAGUCUAGAGAAACUGUAUUUGGAUGGAAAUCUUUUUGAAGGACCCAUUCCUUCAUCUUUGAGUUCACUGAGAGGACUUGAGGCAUUAGACUUAUCCAACAAUAAUCUUUCAGGUGAGAUUCCAGAAUUUCUUGUCAGAUUUGGGGCUUUAAGGUACUUAAAUCUCUCUUUCAAUAAUUUUGAAGGAGUGAUACCAAGUGGAGGAAUCUUUAAGAAUGCCAGUGCAACAUUUGUUGAGGGAAACAGUAAGCUCUGUGGAGGCAUCCCCGAAUUACACAUGUUAAGAUGUAACUUGAAAACAUCAUCAAGCAAUUCUCUUAGAUUAAAAGUUGCAAUUAUUGUUGGGUCUUUAGGAGCGACUCUGGCUUUUACUUGUCUCCUCAUCUUGUGGAUUGGAAAGAAGAAAGAGAAACAGGCAACAACAACUAGCGUAGAAAAUUCAGUUUUACAACUAUCAUACCAAAGCAUCGUAAGGGCUACGGACGGAUUCUCCACGCAAAAUUUGGUUGGUUCAGGAAGCUUUGGUUCUGUAUACAAAGGAGUUCUUCAAGCUAGUGGAGCAGUUAUUGCAGUAAAGGUGCUUAAUCUUCUGAAUCGUGGAGCUUCUAGGAGUUUCCUGGCUGAAUGCGAGGCCUUGAAGAACAUUCGACAUCGAAAUCUUGUCAAGGUACUAACAGCUAUUUCAGGAGAAGAUUACCAAGGCAAGGAUUUUAAAGCCUUGGUUUAUGAGUUCAUGGAAAAUGGAAGCUUGGAAGACUGGUUGCAUCCACUUAUUGGCAUGAAUGAACCAGAGACGGUGAGAAACCUAAACUUCUUCCAAAGAGUAAGUGUUGCCAUGGAUGUUGCUCAUGCACUCGAAUAUCUGCACCAUCAUUGUGAAGAACCAAUCAUUCAUUGUGACCUCAAGCCAAGCAAUAUUCUACUUGAUGAGGAAAUGGUUGGUCAUAUAAGUGACUUCGGCUUAGCAAAAAUCCUUUCUACGGACAGACUGAACAAUUCUGCUAAUAAAUCAAGCUCCCUUGGAUUAAGAGGAACUAUUGGUUAUGCUCCUCCAGAAUAUGGCAUGGGAAGCGGGUUGUCAACAAAAGGUGAUGUGUAUAGCUAUGGCAUCCUACUGCUUGAGAUGUUUACAGGAAAAAGGCCGACCGAUGAAAGGUUUAGAGAAGGUUUAAGUCUUCGCAACUUUGUUAAGGCAGCACUGCCAGAACGAAUAGUCGAGGUUACAGAUCCUAUUCUUGUUGAAGAAAGAGUCGCACGAGGAACUCCCGGUGUAAAAAACUCAAGAAAUGAUAGACAUCUUCGGUGCUUGAAUUCACUAUUCGAAAUAGGACUCACUUGUUCUGCUGAAUCACCCAAUGAGCGGAUUGACAUGAGUGAUGUUGUUAUCAAACUUUGUUCCAUUAGAGACAAGUUUCAUCCAACUCGAUUACGUCAUGAGGUUCCAACUUAAAUAAAUUGCUUAGUCGAAAGGUAUCUAAGGUGUCGUAUGGAUGAAGUUGAGAGGCUUGGGUCAGUCAAAGUGUUGGAUUUUAUCUUUUGUUCACAUUCAAUUGGGUAGCAGGUCUCCACAUUUCACCUAAAAGCACUAUGCUUUGAGAGAAGAGAAUAAAUAUGCAAUAUUUAUAGCUUUCCAAUGAUAAUUUCUCAGUGUAUUUUGUAUUAAUGCUUUGUUUUUCUCUGUGCUUCUUAAACUAUUGGAUCUUCAUCAAAUAAGAAUUUGAGAUAAUGCCAAAA